CCUGAUUCGAUGUGUGAAGAAGAAGAAGAAGUAGUAGCUAAGACGUGAUCUUAGCAACGUUAGCUUUCCUUCUGCUCGGAGUCAUUCUGCGGAUUUUGAUCAAUUUAUGGGCUGAAUAUCUGAAUGUUUGCAGUCAGAAUGUCUUCGAUCAAUCUUCAACGAGAGUUGAGCAACGAGCAGGAAACUCCUGCUGACGAAGCAUUGACAGAGUUUAACGGAACCGUGAAGAAGGAGGAAGAGGUAAAUGACUGGGACAGCUUGCAGGAUUUGUCCGGGACGCCCCGGACCGCAUUACACCGAACUGAUGAUCUACAGAAUUAUAUUUGGAAAGAAGAGCAGGAUCCCUCUGACCAGCAGCUCUGUAAACAGGAGACGGAUUCCAGUUUGGACCAGAAGGAACCAGAACCUCUGCAGAUAAAAGAAGAGCAUCAAGAACCAGAACAUCCCUGGACUAAAGAGGAACCUUUAGAGAUCUGCAUAAGCAAGCAGGAAGAGCAGCUUGAACUGAAGCAGGAGACUGAAGAUACAUCAAUAGUGAGUCCAACUCAUGAAGACAAGUACCACAUUAAACCAGAACCACUUGUGGACCAAGUUGUCUCUCAGGAUUAUAAUCAAACUGAGCUCCAGGAUUGCGAAGGAAAUCCUAUUCAAAACUCAGGAUUGCAGCAAGAUGAAGGGCAGAAACAAAACAAGAACCAUCAGAAAACCAUGAAGCGCAACAACUGUGUCAACAAUUCAAAAUUCAAAAGGGACAAGAAAACUCGCACAGGAACUGCUGUGUAUUCUUGUAAAAUAUGUGGUGAGGCUUUUAGUGAAAGUAGUAACUUGACUCAGCACUUGAAAAGUCACAAAGGUGAGAAGCGUUUUCAGUGUAUGUGUGGAAAAAGUUUUACAAAACAAGGAAAUUUAACAGCGCACAUGAGAAUUCACACAGGUGAGAGACCUUUUACCUGUAACACCUGUGAAAAAACGUUCAGAUUGAAACAUUCAUUAAAUAAACACAUGAGGAUUCACUCGGGUGUGAGGCCAUUUAAAUGUCUGUCCUGUGGAAAAAGCUUCAUCACAAAACCUGCUUAUGUUAAACACGUCAGAAUUCACACAGGUGAGAAGCCUUUCUCUUGUACCAUUUGUGGCAAGAGUUUUAUUGACAAAGGUCAUUUGACUAAUCACUUGAGGACUCACACAGAUGAAAAACCUUUCCCCUGUAACUCCUGUGAAAAAACUUUCAGAUCUAAAUAUUCAUUAAUUGAACACAUGACAGUUCACACAGGUGUGAAACCCUUUUCGUGUGAGACUUGUGGACAAGGAUUUAUUAAAAAACGUCAGUUAAUAGUUCACAUGGGACGUCACACAGGUGUGAACCCCUAUUUGUGUGUCAUCUGUGGUAAAGCGUUCAGCCACAGCGGUAGUUUAAAAACUCACUUCGUAACGCACACAAAUGAGGAGUCGCACUGUGUGACGUGUGGAAAACGUUUCAUAAGCAAAACGGGUUUAACACGUCACAUGAGAAUUCACACAGGUGAGAACCUUUUCAAAUGUCAGUUCUGUGGAAAAGGCUUCACUCAGAAAUCUUUUCUGGAUGACCACGUCAGAAUUCACACAGGUGAGAAGCCUUUCACAUGUGUGAUUUGUCUCAAAAGUUUUGCUCGAAAAGUUAAUUUGACUGAUCACAUGAGAAGUCACACAGAUGAAAAGGUGUUUUCCUGUAAUUCUUGUGAAAAAAGCUACAGAUCCAAACCGUCAUUGAACAAACACAUGAAAAUUCACACAGGUGAGAAGCCUUUUUUGUGCCACACCUGUGGAAAAAGCUUUGUUACAAAGUCCGAAUGUAAUAAACACAUGAAAAUUCACACUGGGGAGAAGCCUUUUGUGUGCAACACUUGUGGAAAAAGCUUYGCCGCAAGUUCUGAUUGCAACAAGCACAUUAGAAUUCACACAGGUGAGAAGCCUUACUCUUGUACCAUUUGUGGUAAGCGUUUUACUCUAAAAGCUUAUUUGCCUCAACACAUGAUGAUUCACACACAUGACAGGCCUUUUCGCUGUAAUACCUGUGAAAAAACUUUCAAAAGAAAAGAUUCACUGAAUAAACAUGAGCGUUUACACAGGCGAGAAGCCCCUUUUGUGCAGGACCUGUCGAGCAUUUAGCUAAAGUAAAAACUUGAAAACAUUUUGUUCUUAACACAAAUCGAUGUACCAUGCAGAAACAGUUUGAUUGAACACAAUCAAGUACCUAUGUUACCUUCAACUGUUAUACAAAAUUAUGUGUAUAUCGAACAUAGCUUAAAAGAAGUUUGACUUUACAAUGUGAUGUCUUGAAAAUGGCCUCUGUCUCUUUAAGAAGCUCCUAUGCCUUCCAGUACAAUACGUUAACUUUAAGCUGCUUACAAACCAUCUUAGGAGUGUUGGACUAAAGAAGUUCAUAUAAGCUCAGCCUACAAGCAGUUCCACCAGGUGUUUGCUAAUUGCUGCUGCCACUAGUCUACAGGAGCAGAAGCACAUAUUGAGACAGUAGACUUUAUGGAAAUAGGUGGCGCUUUGUGAUAGCAAGUGUUUAGGUACCCCUGAAUGGUUGCCAUGGAGAUUAAAUUAUUUCUCAAACAUGCAUGAAAGAAUCAAAACAAACCCCCAAGUAUGUUUUUGAUGAGGGAAUAACAUUUAUAACAUGACAUGAUGCUCAAAGUUGUUGUUGUUGUUUUUUUACAUGAUACCCCCUGUUAAAAUAAAAAUAAAAAACUCACACUGGUGCACAGUAGAAGCCACAGCAGCCAUUCGGGUUUCCUAAUUGACCCAUAUAGUUAUACCAGUUGUUUCUUAUGGCUUUACAGACUGCAAACCCGUUUGCUGCCAUCAGUGGCGCAACUGCACAUUAUUCAGGUGGAUGCGAAAACAUAGAUCGCCCCCCCUCAUUCUCCCCCAGCGAAGGAACGUCAGGGUGAAGGAGUGACGCUCACUCGCUCUUUAACCCCCUCCACCCGCCCCAAAACCCCCUGCCAAAAAGCAGGGGGUUUUGGCGCCCCCUCUGGUGCUGCGCCCCUAUGCGUUGCAUACCCUGCAUACCCACUUUUUGCGCUACUGGCUGCCAUACCUUUCUCUGUUUUUUUAUUUUACAUAAUUGGCUUACGCCAUGUCAAAUUGUGCUGUCGGUAUUAAUGCUGAAUUGUCGUCAUUGAACUGUCAAGCCAAUAUUUUUCUUCAGUUAUUCCUGAAAUUGUCUUCCAAAUCAAACAUUUUCUGUCAGGUGAAUCUCAGUACUUUGCCUUUUCAUGUUGUUGUGAAUAAAUUAGAACUGCAAAGAGCAUACGCGGUAAAAAUGUCAAAUUUAUUCAGUGCCUGGUGGCCAUUUACCUAACAUACUGUAGAUUUGAAACGGCUUUGCAAGUAUUUCUAUAGUGCUGUCUUGAGUAUUUUCAGGCACCGUCACCAAGAUUUGACUGGCGAGACCCUUUGUCUGAUAAACUUUAAGCCAAAUUAAACAGAAAACUUUUUCUCCAGCAAACAUAUUACUGUAWUGCUUAUAUAUAUUAAACUCUAGACAUGUUUAUUUAUAUGGUACUAUGAUGACUCUAAUGAUGAUGGUUUGUUGUAAUCAGAUUGUUUUUUUGGUGGAUUUUUUAUACCCGGCCGUCUGCCCUUCGCGAAGUGCAUAAUCCCAGCCUGAUGAGUAAAUGUGGAAAAAAUGUCUGCUGACUGUUUUAUUAAGUGGUAAUCCAACAGUAUUUAUUUUAUUUUACAAAAAAGUUGUAAACCUGGUAAACAUCAGGAUGUCAAAGAGAUCAGAAGUCUGUAGUUCACUACUGAGCUGAAGUUCUAAAACCACAGAAACACGUUCUGUCCAAGAGUUUAAUGAGAUUAAGGCGUUUUCAUUUGA